AUGACGUCAGCGAGGGGACCUGAUACGGGGAUAGUGUUCAUGACGGAGGGAGUGCUGCUCCGGGAGAUGUUCGCGUCACCCCUUCUGAUGCAGUACAGCUGCAUUGUGCUGGAUGAGGUGCACGAGAGAACUCAAAUGACAGAUGUGCUGAUGGGUUUAUUAAAAAAAAUCGCGAAAAAACGCAAAAAUCUAAAGCUAAUAAUAUCUUCGGCGACAAUGGAUGCCGAGUUUCUGAGGGACUUCUUUAACCUCACUGACAGGAAGGAACGUGAUAGAAAAAGCACGUCCGUGAUCAUGUCUAUGCAGGGUCGGACGCAUCCUAUCGACGUUUUCUAUGUUGAAGAGCCAGUGCCGGAUUACGUGAAGUCCACAGUAGAUACUGUAAUUAAAAUACAUGAGAAUGAACCCUUUGGCGAUAUUCUGGCCUUCCUCACGUCACAGGAAGAAAUCCUUACAGCCUUAGAGACUCUACAAACCUACGCGGAACAGUGUAACGAUCAGAAUAAGUUCAGGAAGCAUUUCCCGAGCGGGAUGCAGGCAGCGAAUAUGUCGGUGUUGCCAAUGUAUGGGAGUUUACCGUACUACAAGCAGAUCAAAGUGUUUCAGAUGGGCGAGAGAAACGUUAGGAAAGUCAUACUCGCCACUAAUAUAGCAGAGACCAGUGUGACCGUAGCUGGGAUUGUUUAUGUGAUUGACUGCGGUUUCCACAAGCUGCCGUACUUCGAUCCAUCGAUAGGCGUGGAGUCUAUUUGCGUAGCGCCGAUAUCCAAAAACAACGCGACACAACGGGCGGGCAGAGCUGGCAGAACUGCUCGAGGCAAGUGCUAUAGGUUAUACACGGAAUCGGAAUACGAGAAUCUACCGCCGUGCAUCCCGCCGGAAAUGAGCAGGAGCGAUCUGUCCGCCAUGUUGCUGCAAUUGAAGGCUCUCGGCAUACACAACGUAUUAAGGUUCACAUUCCCGACUCCACCGCCAGCGAAAAGUCUGUUGUCCGGCUUGGAGACGUUGUACGCGUUGAAAGCUAUCGACAAACAUGGCGACUUGACCGAAGACGUGGGGGUUUAUAUGGCGGAGUUGCCGUUGAGGCCGAUGUGUGCGAAAAUGCUUUGUAACAGCGGAGAGUUCGGUUGCAUAGACGAGAUCCUCUCCAUAGUUGCGAUGAUGCAAGUGGACAGCGUGUUCGUGAAGCAAACAAGCGGGAAAGGGAAUGUUGCGGCUAAGGUGUCCCGCAGGAACAACUUUGAGGUCGCCGAGGGUGACAUAUUGAUGUAUUUGAACAUAUUCGACGCUUAUUUAAAAGUGAAAUCGUCACAAGAUGAAAAAAGAUCUAAAAAGGCGUGCAAAGACUGGUGUCAGAAGAUGUAUAUAAAUUAUAGAGUUAUGGAGAAGGCGUGUGAAAUAAGACAAAGCUUAGAGAAACUAAUUAGAGAUAAAUUCAAAAUCGAAGACAAAGUGUUCGAGGGGCCGGAUUUAGGGACAGGUAAAUGUCAGAGGAUAAUGAAAUGCGUGCUCUCGGGAUUGUUCCCACAAGCGGCGUAUCUAAGCACGGCCUCGUACAGGGGGAUCCGCGGGGCGGAGUUGUAUAUAAGUCCCGACAGCUGCUUGUAUCACGUACAACAGCCUAAAUGGGUGGUCUUCGCGAGUGUUCAAAGCACAGGCGACAAAACCUACAUGCGGGAAAUGAUGACCAUCGACAAGGACUGGCUGCUGGAGAUCGCACCGCAUUAUUACAAAGAGACUUGA